ACUCGAUAGUUUUUUUCUAUAUUGAUCGAUAACGAUAUUUAUUUCGAUAUAUAUUUAAUUAAAAAACUGUAUUUAAAAUAAUCUAUUUUAAAUACAGUUUAUUAACAAAAGUUAACCUUUAACCAGUUAAAAUUAAAUUAAAUUAAUGCACUGUCGCAACACAGAGGAUAUUAGGCCAUAAACAACAUGUACCAGUUCAUUCAGUCUCAUUUUGACUCAAUACGCCCUUUUCACAUGACGUCACGCAUCUUCCGUUCUGCCGCGAAGCAGUGUAUCAUUACUUCCGCUAGCACUCCAGUUCAUAAGGUGGCGGUAAUGCACCUAUAAGCUGAUUUUCCAACCGCCAGUAAAACUCAAGAAGAAGAAGAAGUUACUUCCGCUAGCGCCUCAGAAUGGAGUUUACCAAGUGGCUUGCACAUCUGCCACAAAUACGUAUGAUGUACAACGUCUUGCCGACAAAUUUUCGCUAACGACAAGAUCAAAGCUAGAGAAAGGAUACAAAUUCUUCGUUGAACAGUACCUGUUUGAUUAUGAUGGUAAGUGUUUUGUUUUCUUUUUGUGUUAGCGAAGGUGCUAGGAUAAGUACUUGAAUACGUGUUCUGUCAGCUUUUUUUCUCACUGUUGUUAAAUUCCAGCGCGACGGCAAAACGGAAGUUCUUCUUCUUCUUGUUUGUUGCAAGAUGGAUGUUAUGAUGCACUGCUUUGCAAAAAGGCGGAAGUUAAGUGACGUCAUUGUGAAAAGGGCGUAUUGACUCGUUAAGUAAAGGGAGUGUUCAUUCAGUACAUUCAACCAAUGAAAGGGCUCCGUUACUGGUACAUUCGAACGCUAUUGGCUCAGCACCUGCACAGUGCGCACAUACAUAACGCUGCAAUAAUGUCUUGCUCGAGUAGUGGGAUUCAUUCAAUGUAUUCAGUGAACCUUAAAGACAUCUCACAUAAACUGUAGUACAUUUCUUUAAUCAUGCAAGCAUCUUACAUACAAGGUUCAAUAUUUUAAUGUGCACACAAACUCACUUCAUUACAUCUCUAAUCUGUACAUGGCAGUGCUGGUUUGUUUCAUAAGCACCAGCUCAUGUUAGCAGAUAUGUUAACGAUGGAUAUAAAAACGUUUGUGCUUGAGUUUCGAAAGUAACUCGCUUGCAAUUGCGCCUCAAGUUUGUUUUGUUUAACCGGCGAUUGCGAAAAAAAUAAGACACUUGAUAAACCGCGUGAUGACAACUUGAGGUUAGUUUCACAUUUGUUUCCGCUUCCAGUCAUGUUUUCCUCCUCAUGUCGAGUUUUCUUUGGCAAGUGCAGUAUGAAAUGGACUUUGUACUUUGACGCGCAUGAUAAAAGCUGCACGCUGACUGACUGUUGUUGCGUUUAUUUCUGCUGUCUGUUAGACUGUAAGAUUAAUCCAUAUCGAGUCAAAAUGCCAAUAGCUUAUCAUCGUUUUUGAAAUACAUUCUAUCGCGAUUCGAUAUGAUAUCGUUUAUCGGCACACCCCUACUUGAAAGACAUAGAUUAUUUGUGGGGGUUUUUUUAAGUUUGCCCAAUGGCAAGUAAAUGUGCCAAAUUUAAAGGGAUAGUCCCCCAAAAUAAAAAUGGUCAUCGUUUAUUCACCUUCAUGUCAAUCAAAACCCGUAUUUUCUGGAACACAAAAGAAGUUAUUUUGAGAUAUAUCUCUGUGGUUUUGUGUUCAUAGAAUGGAAGUUAAUGGGGCACAGUGUUAUUUGGUUACCAACAUUCCUCAUAAGACCUUCUUUUGUGUUCUGCAGAAGCAAGAAACUCAGACAGGUUUGAAAUGACACAUGAAUGCUUUAAAGAUGUUUAAUUUUGGGGUGAACUAUGCCAAUGACACCAAGAAUGGGCCUAUACAGAUAUAUUGUGCAUUCCGAUACCUUUUCUAAGCCCUUGUGUCCCUUUUGACCCCCAUGGGUUUGUAACACUGUCCUUCACAAAGUGAAUAGACGGACCACUAGCGAGGCCUUUGUCUCCCGCCUUUUGUAUUCUUCCGUCUUGCCUGCCGUACUUUGCAUUCCUCUGCAUUCCCUCAAUAGCAUUUAAAUGGGCCAUUGUGUUGAUCCUCCGUUGCCCACCAAUCCCAGCGCACUCCGGUCGUUUCCAAGGAAACACCAGCUGCCGGGGUUGGAGGUGAGCGGAGUGGGCCGGCCGAGGAUCGUCGAUUACCUCUUGGCUUCUCUUCACUCAUGAUCUCAUUUGUUCCAUCGAGCUUGUGUAACUCAGCAGCUGUAAAGUAAACCUUUAGACCCCACGACUGGCAUGUUAUUCGACUGCCGGAAAGACUGUCGAUGAGUCCAGAGAAAAGCAUCUUUGGCGAAAGAACGUAUUAUGGAUAGCGUGAAGGAAACGGGACUUGAAACGGCAGUGCAUGAGGACAUGGAAAGCUAUGCGGUGGAGGCCGGAACGCUUUCAGGAAAGGUGAAGAAGGGGAGGACGAAAAGCAAGCUGGGAAGCCGGAAAGCUUUUAGUUUAGAGGAAAACCAGCUUGAGAUUCAACAGCAGACCAAGAGUCUGAGCCGGCCGGUCCAGCUCAGGUCUCGCACUCUUGAUGUGGAACGGCCUUCAGAAAGAAGCGAGAGCCUCAACUCUAGAAGUAGUUUUAUAAAGCACAACAAAACAUUCCACAAACUCUUCCCGGAAAUCCCAGAAAAUGAAGAUUUACUACAUGCCUACAUCUGCGCCCUGCAGAAGGAGGUGCCUUAUCACGGCCGGCUGUAUAUCACCGACACCAACGUGUGCUUCUUUUCCUCUGUGCUGCUCAAGGACACCAAGGUGAUCAUCCCGGUUUCACAUGUAAAAGUUCUGAAGAAGCAGAACACAGCGCUGCUCGUGCCAAACGCCAUUUCUGUCCGAACCACGGAGGGCGAGAAGUAUUUAUUUGUGUCCUUAAGGAAUAGAGAAGGAUGCUACAAGCUGCUACGAUCCGUCUGCCCUCAGCUAGAGGAAGGAAGUGCCAACAGCAGCCCUCUCUUCUCCUCGGCUGAGAACAGCUUCGAUCAGAGCAAACUGGUGCAGAACUCGAGUCAGUCCAGUUUAGACGACUCGUACGAGGUGGACGGAAGUCGCGUUUCUCCUGGACUGGAGAUUCCUGUGUCUAGACUCACCAGAGAAAAUGCAUUUGUUGGAAAUCCUUCGGCUACAAAAAGCAGCGAGCAAGAGACGGACGACAGCUCCUGUGAGGAGUUUACAAGAGGUUCGUGGGUUUGGAACGUGACGGGCAGAGCUCGAUCGCUCCUCAUCCAAAGAGAAGUCAGCAACCUCAACACUCUUCUCCUCAUCUACCUGAUUCUGGUUUUUCUACUCCUCCUGUCUUCUGGAUAUAUCGGCUUGCGUAUCGUGGCCUUAGAGGAGCAACUGAGUUCUCUUGGUGCCCUGCCCGAAUUUACCUUACAGAGCGGGUACAAAGGAACAUAGCCCGACAUCAGUAAGACGAUGCGUUCCAUCUGAUCUCCGGAGGGCUUUUGUAAAGGAUCCACCAAAAAUCACUUUGGAUCUCACUUUUCUUGAGGAUCCCUUAUUUGCCUGAAGAAAUUUUUAUAUGCACAUGCCACAACCAUCCAACACCAAAUCUUUAUAGUCUUUGUUCCAAUAAAACAACCGGAGGGCAUGUUCAUUCACGGGAAGGUGACGGUUUUAUGAAAGGACAUGCGUGUCUUUACUUGCGGUUGCAUGAAGACUUUCGGAUUCCAUCUGCGCUGCAGCAGUCCGACCUAAACAACCAAAGACAACCGGUUUGUCUCUGAAUGGCAUAAAGAAACGGGUUUUACAGUGGGAAAGCAUUUCAUUUGUCGUGAGGCAUUGUUGUUUUGCCUUUCUGAAUUUCAUCUGGAAUGGAAGGUUUAGUUUUGACGAUGUCAUCGCAGUGUUACCAAUGACUUUACUUACAAUUUUUCCAAAUGUUCAUAUUUUGUUGGCUUGCUCUUUGCAUCUUGUUCUGUCGUGGCUACGUCUUUCAGACAAAUGUCCUCCUUUCUUAUUUUUUACUCUGCUCAUUAUAUAUAAGGGUUGUGACUUUUAAACCUGGUCUUGGUUUAUCGAUUUGAAAAAAAGGCAAGCUAGCUAGUCAGUUAGGCUAAGCUAGCUGUUCAACCCAUAGUAUUACUGUAUGUAUAGUCUAUGCACAAAAAAUGCUCAGAUCAGGUAUUUAUCGAAAACAUUUGUAGCUUUUUUUGUUUAUUUGUUAGUUUUCCUUUGUGUUUUAUACUUGGGAAGAGUCGGGAGUGCAUGGACGAACAUGCUCUUACUUAUCCAAACUGUUAAACAAAAAAAACAAAAAAAUUGUAUCGUAAAACAGAUGUGGCACAGGGCGUUGUCAGAUUUACAGCUUGCAUUGCGUGCUUGCAUGUGUGCGCCAAACAAAAUGAGCAUUUCCAUUCGGCAUCGCAAUACUUGAGAUGUUUGGCGUUUAACGAAAACGACACGGCCCAAAAUAUGCAUGAUUUCGCGCGUAUGUGUGUUCUUAUAAAUAUGUUGCAAUAUGUUAAGGGGAUUGUUUGUAAAGUGAGAGAGUGUAGAUGUUUGAGUAAUAGUGCACUUUAAAGUGUGAAGACAGGGGGCGCUGUUGUGCGAAGUUGGGAAAAUGCGGUCUGUUUAAGUAUGUUCAUUCUAGGGUAUUAGAUGUGCUAAGACGCUCUCGCUCAGGGCUAGAACAACCUCCGGGAGUCCACUCGCAAUGCAUUGUGGGAACGAUGCGUGUCGAUUUCGUUGUGUUAGCAGCACGAUCUGCCGGUUUUUGUGGUCCGCAAAUCAUUCAGGCACUCGAUACGCAUUUCGUACGCAUGAACUCCACAAGAAUUCAAACAAGUGUUUGUUAAUGCAUUUCAUCUGAUUUCCAGAGAAUGUCGCAAAUGCAUGUCAAAUCUUAUUGGAAUUCGGAUUGUAUAAUUCUCAGGAGUGCGCAGUUAUGGAUUGAUUUGCACAAUUAUUGUUGAAGCAGUGCAUUUUAUGAGUGGGGCAUUGCAGCAUUCGGUCCCUUCAAAACUGUCUAAUAACCGCAAUGCAAAAAUACUUUCUUAAAUCGUGUUUAUAUUGCACUAUUAAAGUGUUGAAGUUAUUGUUUUUGUAUCAAUUUGUUGUCUUUAAAAAUCAUUGUUUGGUCUAUUUAUUGUCUAAUGUUGUAAUUCAAAGUAGUCUCUGUGAGACUGGUUUUGGAAAUUGUUUGAAUAAAUCAAGUGGUA